AUGUUUAGACCUCAUAGCUUUUUGAAAAUAAGUUAUAAAAAAUUUUUUUUUCAUUUUAAUGAUAAAAGGUGCAUUUAUAAUUUUACAAAAAAAAAAAAAAUAAAAAACAAUGUUCUUAAGAGAAAAGAUAGAAUAAAAAAGGAAAAAAAUAUUAAAUUAAAAGAAAAAUUGAAGAUUAUUUUUUUUAGUUCUAUCUACUUUUUUAGUGUGGAUUUUAUUUAUCAUGUGUACAUAUUAAAAGAUAAAAAUGAAAGCAAUUCAGUUAAUGAAGAAAAAAAAAAUAUAAAUGAAAAGAAAGAAGUAUUGGCAAGUUAUUUAAAUAAAGUUAAUAUACUUAACAAGGGAUGUAAUACAAAAAGCGAACCCAUACAAAAUGAAAAAAUAAGAAAUAAUGAAAAAAAAGAAAUAAAAAUAAUACAAUCAAAUGAAGAUCCUUAUGAAAUUAAAAUUAAUCGUAUAAAAAGAAAAGAUGGAGAUGAAAAUUACAUAGAAAAAGAAUUGAUAAAUAAAAAGAAUCAGAUAUUUGGAUAUAAUGAAAAUAAUAAAAUGAAGAAUCAGGAAAAUAAUAUUAAAGAUACAAUUGUGAACAAUUGUUAUAGACAACCUUUUUUAAAUGGUUGCAAUUUAUUUUUACUUGUUAAUGGAGUUGUUUUUUUAAGUUGGAGGUUAAGUGAAUUAAUAAAAAAUAAAAAAUUAUAUCAUUUUAUGAAUAGACAUUUUAUAUGCUCUUAUGAUAAUAUUAAAAAAAAAUAUUAUCAUACCAUUUUAACAGCUAGUAUUAGUCACAUAACUUUUCCACAUUUUUUAUUUAAUAUGUGGGCAUUUCAUACUAUAACUAAUGCAUUAUUAUCUCCUGAAAUUAAAGAAAAUAAAAAAAGUUAUUUAUUUUUUAAUUACAAAUCGAAUAUUUUAGAAAAAAAAAUUAACGAUAAGGAUAUAAUUAAUAUAUGUGUUUUAUCUUCGUUGCUUUCUACUAUUCCAUAUAUUUUUUUGAAUAAAAAAAAUAAAAUUUUGGGUGCAUCAGGGGCAAUAAUGGGACUUAUUUAUAUUUUGUCUACAGUUAAACCAAAUGAAGUGUUUAUUUCUAUUUUUCCUUUUCCUUAUUUAAAAUUAUCUUCAUUACAAUUAUGUCAUUUAACUAUUUUCACAAAUUUUCUUUUUCUAUUUUUUAAGAGAAAUUUUUUUAGUGUCGCAUGGUCAGCACAUUUAUUUGGAUUAUUAGGAGGAGUAUUUUAUAAUAUUUAUCAAAGAAAAAAUAAAAAUUUUAAUUAUUAUCCUUUUAUUGAAUUAUCAUUAAAAAAUGGGUAUAUUGAUUAUCUUAAUUCUUAUUUAGAUUUCAUAGAUAUGAUGAAAUGUUUACAAUUAAGAACUAAAUUAUUUUUUUCACUAGAUCAAAAUUCUAUUAAAAUAUUGAACAAAAAAAUUCAUACAAUUAAAAUGCUUCAAUCACAAAGAAGGUUAAAAUUUAACAUACAAAAAAUGAAAAAUUUAGAAAAUAUGUCAAAGUAA